GACAUGUAUUUCCGGAAGACAUUUUCUAACUUCCGUCGUGAGCUAUCUUUACGAACAUACGCAUUUCAUCUAAUUUAUUGCUACAUUUUGUCCUCAGAGAGCAGGUUGCUUUGUGCAUGUUUGAGUAGACGCUAAUAUACUGUAUUUGGCUUGUAGCAGAAUGUCCUUGGUUGACCUAGGCAAAAGGUUAUUAGAAGCAGCUAAACAUGGCCGAGAAGAUGAUGUUCGAUUGCUGAUGACCAAUGGGGCACCAUUCACAACAGAUUGGCUUGGAACAUCACCAUUACACCUAGCAGCCCAGUAUGGCCAUCUCUCUACAGCUGAGGUGUUAUUAAGGGCUGGGGUCAGUAGGGAUGCAAGAACCAAAGUGGACAGAACACCCCUUCACAUGGCCUCACAAGAAGGUCAUACAGAUAUUGUCAGCUUGCUUGUUAGACUAGGGGCAGAUCUAGAUGCAAAAGAUAUGCUUAAAAUGACCCCACUACAUUGGGCAGUUGAAAGAGGUUACAAAGAUGUUGUAAAAGUGUUGGUUGAACAUGGUGCAGAUGUAAUGUUACUGAACAAAUUUGAGAAAUCUGCAAUUGAUAUAGCAACAGAUAAUUGUAAUACGGAGAUAAUACAAAUACUGUCACAAGCAGGAGGUCAGAAUGGAAGUUGCAGUCCUAAUUUGUUGAAAGACUGUCAAACUAACCAGUUUGUCAUCCCCUGUACCACACUACCAGGCUUUACACAACUGCCUGCUGCUUCCCUACCAACGACAUCAACACAAAUAUAUAAUAAUUGUAAAUCAAGCUAUUCCAGAGGUUCUACCAGUUCAACAUCAGUAUUAGCAACGUUAGCUGCUUUAGCGGAGGCCUCGGCACCCUUAGAUAAACCAGUAAGUCCUAGUGAUGCAUUAGCCUGGUUGGAAGCAAAUGCAGUGGAUGGUGCUCAGGGGUUUUCUAUCACAGAGGCUGGGAAGCUGGCCUUGAACCUGGCUAAGGCCAAUGACAACCAACACAGCAUCAACAACUCAGUGCAGCAUGUCCAGUUACUGGGGAAUAGCCCCCAAAAAGUGAUAACAAUAGUGACCGAUCCAACGAGUGAGUUGACCGCUGCUGAUCUAUCUUCAAUCAAAGCUGCAGCAGCUGGUGUUGGUACGAGCCCCAUACUACUAGCCCUACCAAACGACUCGCAGGGAACGGGGAUCAAAAUUAUAGCACAAGAUGCACAGUCAAAGGCCGACCGAGCGAUGAUUGAAGCUGUUCAAAAGCAAGCUGAACAACUGAAACAACAGAUUCAACACAAUCAAAUAGUGGUGGAAAAAGCAAAUGAGACAACUUGACCUUGUUAGUUCAUGAUGAUAAACCGCCUUUGCCAAAAGAUGUUGAAGUAGAGCCAGUUGAAGACCUGUUGCUUGACUCAAUUGCAAACAACUGGAUCCUGCUUGAUGCUUAGCUGUGCCGGAGAAGCGUUUGUUUCUUCUAGUUGGUGAAUGACAAUCAUUAACUUUCAAUCAUGUGACUGGACUCUACCAUUGAAUUCACUUGUGUGACUGGUAGCAUGGUGCCAUAAUGGUACCAUUACACAUGGUAGUAUGGUACCUUUACGCCUGGAUUUCUGUUGUACCAUGGUAACAUUACACCUGCAUUCAUGUACAGGUAGUAGCAUGGUACCAUUACACCUGGAUUUCUGUUGUAGCAUGGUAACAUUACACCUGGAUGACAAAGGUAGCGUGGUUCAAUUCCACCUGGCGUUGAUUUCAUUGAGACGAUACUAUCAUUGUUUUUUCACACAACCUAGUACACCUAAAUCUUUGCUGAUGACACUGCUAAUACCACAAAUUACUGUAACUAAAUGUUUAAAUUCUACUGUACAUUUAAUGGAACUUUACGCUUAAAAUGAAUGCUAGUUAUACAACUCCGUUUCAGCUAUAGGCUUAAAACUGAAUAUUUAAUAUCAAGGUUUACCGGUAUCAUUGUUUAAAAGAUUGAAUAUUCAUUGAUCACAAUACUUAGUAACAUUACACAUGAGGCUGAUAGUUGAUUGCAGCUCAGUGUUGUUUCCUAGUAGAAUCACCAAAUCGGUCAUUUGAUAAAGUAAUACAAUUAUGUAGAUCCUAUUAAGAAAUUUUAAUGAAUACCUUGAUCUCUUCCUAAUGAAUAUGAUGUACAUUGCUUCUGUCUAUUCCUUUAGUGAUGUCAUAUACAUCACUGGUGCUUUCUCCUAUAUUGAUUGGCAGUUCAUUGCAAUUUAGUGUUAAUUUAUGAUGCCAUACAUAUAAAUAUGGUAAGAGAUAUAUGGUACAUUUCAGGGAUGUAUCUAGGAUUUUCAAAAAUAUGGGAACAGGGGAGGGGAUUGUAUUUAACUAAGAAACAGGGGAAUGUAGUUUACUAAGAAAAUUUGGUAAAACAUGGCUUUCCCCCCCCCCCCUCCUCUUUGGACCUGAAUUUUAUGGGUUCUUAAUUGAUAUGGACAUUUACUUUUGUGUUUUCAUCCCAAACAUGCAUUAUUAAUAUUAAAGCUUGUUUUGCAUCAAUUAUACUUACAACUUAGUCAUACCAACUGCUAUUGAAAAGGCAAAGAUGCAAAAUAUUUACAAAGCAAAAAGACAUGAAGAUGAAGAAAAAAAAUUGUAGGCAUUAGCGCCUGCAAGAUGAAGUGGAAGCCAAACAUGUGGAUGUACACAUUCAUGAGGAGAUAAAAUGAUGUAUAUUUCUAAAGUAUUAGUAAUUCCCAUGUAAAAAUGUGCAUGAAUGUAAGGUUAUCAAGACCACUGGUAAGAAAGACAAGGCAAUUUAACAAUGAAAUGUUUGAUUGAUUGAUAAACAAAACAAACAAUACACCAUAAUAAAAGUGAGGGCGCUAUUGUAAAAAACUUAACUCAUCUUGGUAUUAGUAUCUGUAACUUGUAUUACAGUACAGUAAUACAGUAUCUGAGAAUGAUAAAAUAAGUUGUUUUCAUAGAUUUUAUCCAUUCCCCUGAUAUGAUUCUGUGCUUUUAUGAAAUUUUAAUUGAUGUUAUUUUAUCAUUUUGGAGGCGUUACUUCAUAACAUAAAUUUGUUAUAGAAAUAGAGCAGGCACAUCCUAUACAGAUUACGUCAUCCAAAUGUAUGGACCUAGGCAGCAGUUUCCCAUCAGAAACCUAGUUAAAAAUUUAAUUAUGGCUUUAAGUGAGAAAGCAAAUUUUUCACACACAUUUGUCAUAUUGCUGUGUCAAGUUGCUGCUCGUAUCCGCACAGCAGUUUUGCUGGAUCCAUUCUUUUGUACAAAUUUAUUACAUACCAAACCGUAUUUCAUAUGUUGCCUUGUUUUUCUCUUGCCGUUUGGUGGAUGCCUUUUGGUUAAGUGUUUUGUUGGCACUAUAAAUGUCUCUGAAAUACUGUAACAAGUUCUCUGAAUUCUGAUGCUUAGAAUUCAGGGAAGGUGAUUUGUUGACGAAUAUGAAGUUUGUAAAUAAUAUUUAUUCCAAGUAUUGAAUUUCCAAGAAUAGGAAUAUGUAUGUAUUGAACCAGAUCAUGUGAAUUAAACAUGUUGGAUAUGGAUUCAUA